UUGCACAAAACCAAAGAGAAUUGUUUGCGAAUAGUUAGUCGGGCCCGCUUCGCGAAACCGCCAACAGUUGUCAAGAAAUCCGCCACAUUUCAGUUAACAUCGAUAGAAAACUCAACGUUUGCCACUCAAUUGAUAAACAGCAAAGCUGCUAGUCACAACCUUGAAUUACACGGAAAAUAAGAUAAUCGAACGAAUAGUGACAUUUUGUUUUUUUAAAUUCAUGAUUUAUAAGGCAUGCUUUAAAAAUGUGAUUUUUAGUUGAUUACAACAAAUCAAAAUAGUUUCAAGAAGUUGUGAAAAUAAGUAAUUAGAAUCGGUGUAUCCCAUGCAACUAUUAUUGAACUGUGUGUUUCGCGUGACAUUCAGGGUGAAAUGUUAACAUUACGACCUAUGAACAUUGCUUUGCCGCUCGCAGUAGUUAUCGCAUUUAUGACGUUUCGAAUAAUGUAGAAUUUUUGAUAAUAAAUUAAUUGACUAAAAUAACACCAAUGCCGUCUGGCAAAUAGAGAAGUUGCCUUGACAUGCAUCAACCUUAAGUUCAUAGAGGCGUUUAUUGUUAAGGAAACCAAAAUCGCUUGGCAUACAUAAAUAAAUCCUUACUCAACAACGAUUGACAUUCCAAAACAGAGAUCUAGUUGGUGCUUUGAAUCCUAUUAAGGAGGGCAAUCUAUAGAUCCACAAACCAAUUUAUAAAGGAAAAUAAUUGAAAUAAUUUUAGAACGGCAGAUAGAUAACUAUGCCUAGUUUCUAAAAAGAAAUUUUGUUGCUUUCAAAAAAAGAUCCGGAACCAUGGAGGAGAAACCAUCUACACCACAAGAUUCUUCAAAGACAACUGUCAACAAUGACUCCACGACUCGUAAGAAGCCAAGGCGAAAAGACAAAAGCGAUUUGGGAGCAGAUUUUAUAGCACCUGAUGGCGGUUGGGGUUGGAUCGUCUGUAUAGCUGCUGGAUUCAGCAACUUUUCACUCUUCCCACCUCUUCAACAAUAUGGACUAAUCUAUAGGCAGCGUAUGGAGAAAUUUGGAUUCAAUGGCAAACAAAUCACAUCAAUAUUGAAUGUUGAAAUGGCUUUGUCGUCCUUAGUGGGUCUUGUGAAUGGUGCCGUGUUUCGUAGAUUCACAUUCAGACAAGUGGGCGCAUUCGGAAGUCUAUUGGCGUUUACCGGUGUUUUAUUAUCGGCAUUUAGUGAAUCAUUUGUCCAGUACUUGAUAGUUUUCUCAGCAAUUUAUGGCGUCGGAGUCGGACUUUGUAUGUCAGCCAGUUCUUUGGCUAUCAACACAUAUUUUAAGAACAAGCGCAGAAAGGCUACUGGAUACGCAUGGACCCUUACUGGCUUGGGACCCAUCAUAUUUCCCCACAUUUCGUUGUUGUUAUUGGCUCAUUAUGGGCCUCAGGGCUCUAUAUUGGUGUAUGCAGCUCUAACUCUAAAUUCCUUUCUAUGCUCAUUGACUUUACAGCCGGUACUGUGGCAUUCUCCCAAGCCAAAAAUAGAGAAGUCAGCUGGGGAAAAGACAGUCAAAAUUGACAUGGAUUCCAAUCAAAUUCAAAAUAAUUAUAAAUGCACAUUCUGUCAAUAUCAGAAGAAACGCAAACGCAGCAUUUUUACUUCACAGUAUGUCUUCAAUGAAGAUGACCCAGAUAGGCCAGGAUUUGAAAUUAUGGAACCUGGAACGCCUAUGAUGGCCCGUGCCAACGACGGCUGGUACGGCUCCAAACUGUCAUUGGCCGAAAAGAGUGCGCGCUACAGACCGCCACGCAUUAGGCGGCAUACUACUCGACAAAUCAGUUGUGAGUAUGGCUAUGAUCAGGAGGACAUGGGUGAGAGCUCUCUGUCCAAGCCGAAUUACUUUAAUCUUGAAAGAGACGAGUUGGAACGUUAUACCAGCAAAGUAAGUGUCAAUUCAAAAACAGGUGCUGCAAGUGAAUUUCAAUGCACUUGUGCCGAAGAAAAGCUGCUGAUGCAGACCAACAACCAGGAGCUAGUGACAAGCAAUACACCUUCACAGGAGGAUGAACUGACACGUGAGCAAAUGACAUUUUGGCAAAAAGUUGUGAUGUUCUUCGAUUUGGAUCUUCUCAAGGAUUUUACAUUUGUGAAUUUGGCUGUUGGUGUCAGCAUUAUGACUUUUGGAGAAAUCAAUUUCUCCAUCUUAACUCCAUUCAUACUGAAUAGCUUUGGCUACAGUGACACUCAGAUAUCCAGAGCAAUGUCCUUAUUGGCAGGCGUCGAUAUCACAGUACGCUUCUUGGGACCAUUUGUUUUGGAAAAAGUCAAACUACCAAAUCAGGUUUUGUUUGGGUUUGGCAUCAUCAUCAUAUCCAUGGGACGUUUAAUUGUCUCGAUGACUGAUUCUUACCACAUUGCUCUGAUGGCCUUUGUGUUAAUCGGUUUUGGCAAAGGAUUUCGGACUAUUUUCCAACCACUGAUUAUACCAAGUCAUGUGCCCUUAAAACGUUUGCCAGCUGCCUCGGGAUUGCAACUUAUAUCCCAUUCGAUUACAUAUUUCCUCCUAGGUCCGUUGCUAGGCUUAAUAACCGAUAAUUUUGGAUACGUUUUCACCAUACACAGCAUCAAUGUCUUAGCCUGUAUGGCUUUAAUAUUUUGGGUAGUUGAGGCGAUGCUGAGAAGGAGACUUCACAACCGAUCCAAUUGAUCUAAAUGCUAUAUAGAUAUACUAAAUAAGCAAUACUUUUUGUAUUUGUUUCUACAAAUAAGGAUCAAAAAUGUUGAAUCAACUAUGACAGUACUGGCAUUGAUAUUUUGAACAAAAUGUCCUUGUAUUUUAGGUGAAGCAUGAAAUGACACUCAAACAAG